AUGACUGCACCAUAUAUUGUUCGAAUAACAAACGGUAUAUUUAAGGAAUCCCUUGUGAAAACAGCCAAACCAAUCUUUCAAAAUCCAAUCAAGAAUUUCCAAAUCAAUCCCAAUGAAAAAUGGAUCCUUUGGGGGCCCGGUAAAGUGAAAAUGAUGAACAUAUUAAGCAGUAAAUAUCUAAGUGAAACUCCAUUAUCAUUAAAAUAUGGUCUCACGCAUGAUCCUAAAAUUGAAACUGUUCAAUUCAAGGGUGCUAUCCCUACGGCUCAUUUAAGUGCUCGUUAUGAAUUUUAUAAAGACGAAUAUGAUCAAACUUGUAAACAAUUCAUUCUUGGUGAUUCCAUUGGAUCACAAUUCGUUAAUUAUAAAGUUUCUACUUCAAAUAGGAAAAUUAAUAUGAAAUUAUAUGAGAAAUUAAUUAAGGAGUUAAAUUUGGUGGAACUGCAAGAUAGAUGGGCUAUGGGGUUAAGUAAUGGACAAAUGAGAAGGGCAAGAUUAGCUAAUAGUUUAUUGAAGGAACCUGAUUUGUUGUUAGUCGAUGAUCCAUUUUUAGGAUUGGAUCCUAAGGCAACUAGUAUUAUUUCAAAACUUCUAAGUAAUUAUAAUGCUCCAACUGUUGAACAUACUUCCAGUGUUCGUGGAUGUCCCGUGGUAAUUGGAUUGAGGUACCAAGAUCCUUUACCAUCAUGGGCUACUCAUCUUUGUUGUGUUGAUGAGCAAUUGGGGAUUCUUUUCCAAGGUCCUAUUAAGGAAGUACAAAAUAAAAUUGAUCAGAUUAGGAAACAAGAACAAGAGAUACUUAAGAAGCAAAUAUUGAAUGAAGAAAACUCUUACACGGUAAAUGACUUAGUAGCGAUGCAUCCAUUGUAUGGUAAAUCUAAACAUGAAGUCAUUAAGAUGCCUCAUACAUUAGAAUUAAAGGGUCUGAAUGUCUCGUAUAAAGGUGAACCUGUUUUACAAAGUUUACAUUGGGAAGUUCAACCUGGAAGUAAAUGGCAUAUUAGAGGUGAUAAUGGAAGUGGUAAGUCAACAUUGUUAUCAUUAAUUACUGCUGAACAUCCACAAUCAUGGAACUCUAAAGUUGUUGAAAAUGGGAUUGAAAGGAGAAGUGGGAAUGCCAAUUAUUUUGAUAUAAAUAAAAAGAUUGGAAUGUCAUCUCCUGAAUUACAUGCUAUUUUAUUAAAGAAUGUGGGAGAUAAAUUGAAUGUUCUUGAAUGUAUCUCUACGGGAUUUCAUGAAGGCCCAAACAAUUUCUUACCAAUGUGGUCAAAAUUAAAUGAGAAUCAAAAGAAAUUGGUGGAUAUGUAUAUUAGUUAUUUUGGGUUAACAUCAAUCAUCAAUAAAUCGUUUAAAGAAUUGAGUGUCAGUGAACAAAAGUUGAUAUUAUUUAUUAGAGGUUUAAUCAAGAUGCCAGAAGUAUUAAUUCUAGAUGAAGCUUUUUCUGCCAUGGAAAUAGAGCCCAUGAUUCAAUGUCAAGAAUUUUUAGAACAUUGGCCUGGAACUGUCUUCGUUGUUGCACAUGUCGAAGAAGAGACACCUAAAUGUGACCAUUAUUUAAGAUUGAUUAAACCUGGAGAAUAUACGAUUGGUGAUAUUGACAACAAUUGA